UCGUCUGCACGCGUCCGGCUAUAUUUAUAUUAUUUUCGAGGCAAGGAAGUGUUUGCUUUCUAUCCAUUUAUUGUGAUUUCAUUCAUAUCAGUGCAUAUUUGAUUGUGUCUAUUGCGCUAGAUAUUAUAAAACCACUUGCCAUAGCACUCGCUAUACCAUCCAUACAAUGUUUGAAAAUUCCACCCCGAGCUAUGUUCGCUUCAGAGAAACUUAAACUAUUAGAUUUCAACUGUUACCGGUGAGUUGAUUUGUCUUGGAUCUGGUGUUUUGUCUUGUUGCGUGAUGUUUGGUGUCGCGUGAGGUCUCGAGGUCGCGACUGGGUGUUAGGUGUGUGACGGACCAUUGUAGAGGUUAUGUGGAAGCCUCAAGAGCUUGUCGAGUCCCCUGGACAUUCUAUCCGAUGACCCAUCCGUCGGGCCGACCCGGUCCACCCCAGCCUGUCUACUGAGCCAACAUGUUUUGUUAUUUCAUCAGGGAUGGUUUUGGAUCCAAAAAGCGGUGGCAGCCAUAACGACUACGGAAGCUUCUCCGGUGAAGGUGAGGGGGAGGGGGAAGGCUCAGCUCCAGUGACAGCAGCAGCAGCAGCAGCAGCAGGGGUAGUGACGGGGGGAGGCGGCGGCCCGGUGAUGGCUCAGAGUGACUUGUACCAGCGGCAACCUCUGCUGACCAGCGACACUCCAUGCCAGGACGACGAGGACGACAAGAUGGACGGUCUCAAGCGCAACACCAUCAACUCCAACGGUGUCGUCAGGAUAGAUGUGGUGCCACCUCUACAACGCGAGGAACCGCGCUAUCCCAAGGAGAAGAUGAAAACAUUUAUAGCAAUCCUGGUACUGUUGUUCCACAUGGUAUUGUCCACACUGUCCCUCGCUCUGAUACAUGAUAGAGUGCCCGACCGGUCGUAUCCGCCACUCCCCGACACGUUCCUGGACAACAUGCCGACGGCAGACUGGGCCCUCGACGUCUCUGAAAUACUUAUCAUGAUCUCCAUCAAUGUCAGCACUGGAGUCAUCCUCAUGCACAAGCACAGGUUCAUAGUGUUCAGACGAGUGUGUCUGAUGCUGUCAUUGUUGUAUCUGAUGCGCUCCAUCACUAUGUAUGUCACAGUGUUGCCCAUGUCAAGCAAGACAUACGUGUGCUCACCAAAGGAGAACCACACGAGUGCUAUGACAGUCGCCAAGCGAGUGUUCCAGCUCAUCUCUGGGUUUGGGCUGAGUAUCAAUGGCAAACACACUUAUUGUGGUGACUACAUAUACAGUGGCCACACCAUCAUGCUCACCAUGAGCUACCUGAUCAUCAGUGAAUACUCUCCAAAAAGGCUGUGGCCGCUUCAUUGGGCCUCAUUUGUUGCCUCGUUUGUUGGUGUAAUCUUUGUGUUGGUUGCCCGAGGCCACUACACUGUGGAUGUCAUCAUCGCCUACUGGGUCACCACUCGGAUCUUCUGGAUUUAUCACACCCUCGCCAACCACGCAUCACUCAAGAACAGAAGUCCCAACAACCUGUUGUCGAGAGCCUGGUGGUUCAGGAUAUUCCAGUACUUUGAAGGCAACGUGGGAGGACCUCUACCACGGGUCCACGACUGGCCGCUGCCUUGGCCUCGGCGGUUCCUCGCCAAACAUCCCAACCGUGACAGUUAGUACGCAUCCAACCAGGACAGCUAGCAACUGUAAGAUUUGUUUCUUCGUGGUUUGGAAAAAUCGUUAGUACCUUACAGCUUUUUACAACUUUUUUUAUCUUAACAUUUUCUUUAUACAUUUUGUUGUUAUUUACAUUACUGAGUAAAUCUGUGAGUAAAA